AUGCCGUCCACUCUCGGAGACUUGAAUUUCUCGAAUGAAGCCAUAGCGCACUUGAUCGAAUCCGCACCUGCACAAAGCAACAGUAAUAACGGUGGAGUUAAUAACAAUAACAGCAAUACUAAUAACGGUAAGCCAAAUAACAGUGGAAACUGUACCUCUGGCACAAUUGGUCCGAACUCGAAUAUUAAUAAUGCUGGUAAUAGCACUAGCGGUGUAGGAUUAGUUGGUGGCGGAACAUCAGCAGCAGCUGCUAAAAAUCAGUUAGAACGAUUAAAUACGAUGCGUGAAGUGCUUUUUUCUCAGGAUGGUUGGGGUUGUCAGCAUGUUAAUCAGGAUACGAACUGGGAAGUGCCAAGUUCACCUGAGCCAACUAAUAAGGAUCCAUCUGCUGGGCCACAAUGCACUGUAGGUGCUACUGGAAUGAAUGCGACAGCUGUAGGUGCAAAUGGACCUGGAAACAAUCCCCAAUGGGGUCAAACUGCUAUUGGCAUUGUCGUUGGAUCAACUAACAACACCACCGGAACGGUUUCUGCCAACAUUGGCAAUGCAUCUACCAUAGGUGGUGGCACUGGUGUUCCUGGUGUAAAUGUGCCCGGAAAUGUGAACACAGGGCAAGCAAGUGGUUCUACUGGAAGUAAUUGGGGAGACUCUCGUGACUUGAAUAGUGCUGGAGUAACAAGUACUGUACCUAUACGGGGCGUUGAUCCCCGCGAUCCAAUGCGUAGUACGUCAGCAGCCGAGACUCGUGAUUUGCGACUGAUAGAUCCGCGGGAUCCUAUACGUGGAGAUCUUCGGGGAAUUUCAGGACGUUUAAAUGGCACGUCAGAAAUGUGGGGUCAACAUCAUUCCAUUGCACACAAUCAAAUACCAGCAAUGAAUAAAAUAGUGGGGCCGGGUGUAGGCGCUUCCGUAUCUACCGGCGUUGUUGUUACCGGUAGAAAUGUAGCUGGUGGCAUCGGACCUGGCAACAUUAAUGCCAUAAACCCUGUUGGUAUAAGCGGCAACGUGAACGCUCACUGGGGACCUUCUUCGGCAGUGGUUGGACCAAAAGAUAUAACAUCAAUGGCAGGUAAAGUUACUGGGUGGGAAGAACCGUCGCCACCCCCCCAACGCCGCAAUAUUCCCAACUAUGACGAUGGGACAUCAUUGUGGGGAAAACAGUCACGUAUACCAGGUGGGAGUGGUUCUCAUUGGAAGGAUAUGUCAGAUCCACUGAAUAGGCAUUUAACGCGAAACACUGUAGGCAAUCAGAAUACGACCAAUGCAGGCCUGGGUAGUAGCUCUGUCAAUGGGUUGGGCAAUAAUUCAGGCGUAAUAAAUGCGUCAGUGGUUGGCGGCAGUGCCAACAAUCCUAUAAGCAGUGUAGGUCCGCAAGGACGACUUAGUUCAGGUGUUGGUCCUGGAGUUGGUGUUAAUCAGCAUAAACCUGAUCAUUCUAUGUGGGUCCACGCCAGUAACUUAAAUGUAAACUCACGUAACACCACUUCUUGGGGUGAUGAAGUCAAUCACAAUGUGGGCCCAAAUCCAGGCGUUAAUUGGAUGGAUGAUAAAACUAGCGCUGGUAUUGGACAGCUAGGUGUUAGUGUUGGUGGAUCUAAUUCUUGGAACGAUCCACCACCGUCUUGGAGUAAGAACCAAAAUAAAAUAACAGGUAGUACUUCCGGUUGGGGUGCAAGUGGAGGUAGCGAUGGUACAGAUUUGUCAUCAGACUGGAAUACUCACUCUGCCAUUGUUGGCAAAAAUCAGCCAAAAAUAGGUGGUGUUAACGUUAAUAUUAGUAACUUGAACACAGAUGUGAUUAAACAGAGUAAACAGUAUCGUCUUCUUGUGGAAAAUGGCUUUAAAAAGGAGGAUGUAGAACGAGCCUUAAUUAAUACCAAUAUGAACAUCGAAGACGCUGCUGAUUUACUUCGUGCUCCUAUAUCUACAGAUUGGAGACGACACGAAGAAUCCCUGGGUUCUUAUGGUGAUCACACAAACACUGGAGGCACUUUUGCGGGACGCUAUCCCACAACGGCCUCUCAGUCUAAUAUGCCUUUCCCUCCGAAUAUGUUGAACAGUAUAAGCGGCAACGGUGUAGGUGUUAGUAAUAAUACAAAUCUAGCAGCGCUUAAUUCCAUACAAUCACUUCCAGUGCAAAAGUAUUUGAAUCCAGUACCACACAACGGGUCGCUAAUGUCUCAGCGACUUUUAUAUCAAUUAUUGACAAAUAUUAAGCAUCUUCAAGCGGCGCAGCAGUCUUUGACACGUGGUGGCAAUAACCCCAAUAACUCCCAGAUAAGUUAUGCCAUUGCCAAAUAUAAGCAGCAAAUCCAAAAUUUACAAAAUCAAAUAAACGCACAUCAAGCGUUCAUAUUGAAACAAAAGCAGCAGCAGUCCAUACCACAAAAUACGCAACAGCACGCUACAGCACAUGCCAAUAAUUCUAACAUGGAAUAUAUUAGGCAGCAUGAUGCCAUAAGUGUGUUGCAGGGAAAUUUUUCGGAAAUGGACUUAACUAAGCAUAGCGGCUAUCCGGGAGGUCCAAACUCACAGUCAAAACUUAUUAAUCAGUGAAAGCUUCCUGAGAAAGAUCUAACGUCAGAUAGUACAGAUUUUUCAAGAGCUCCGGGAAAAACAAAACAAAAUUUAUCAAGUGCACCUGGCAGCGCUAUGGGACCGUUGGGCCUGCAAAACGAUGGAACUUGGUCGACUGGACGAAAUAUUGGAGAUGGAUGGCCAGAUUCAUCCACUGAAAAUGAGAAUAAAGACUGGUCUGUUGCUCAGCCUACACCUGCUGCGACGUACACUGAUUUAGUUCAAGAGUUUUGCGUAAUUUUUAAGGGCUCGCAGAUAAAAAGUAUAGAGGACGAUCCUAGUAUAACACCCGGUAGUGUAGCUAUAUCUCCGAUGUCUAUUAACUCGACGCCAAAAGAAGCUGACAUAUUUGCGAAUCCUGGCAAAAGUUCCCCGACUGAUUUGACACCGCUAAGUUUAUCGUCAUCUACGUGGAGCUUUAAUCCAUCAUCCACCAAUCAAGCUUUUCAAAGGUAGAGCAUCUUAAUAACCACGUGUCUAAAGAAUA